AUGGGUUCUAUACCGAUUUCCGAUUUCGAUACUAUCGUCGUCGACUUGGGGAAUGUACUGAUUAAGAUCCCUCCUCAAGCACCUGCAGCGACAGAAACAGCUUCCAUACCGACCUUCCGACGCUUGAUUUCAACAUCUACUUGGAUGCGUUAUGAAUCUGGUGAGCUUGAUGAAACGCUGUGCUACGAGAAUCUGGGAAAGAAAUUUGGACUCCCGCCAUCCGCAAUUGCUACAGUCAUCUCUGAAGCUCGAGAUGCUUUCAAAUACGACACAGCGACGCAUGGAUCGCUGAAACUCAUUGCUAUAUGGAAAAUUCCAAUACCGGAGCAUACCAUCUUGUAUAAACGAUGGGGAGAUGAAUUAUCCUCGAUAUUCGAUGAGAUUUUCACUUCUCUCGCAAUUAGCAUUCGUCAGCCGGAUCUAGGAUUAUAUCGGCACGUUCUUAAAGCUACUAGAAGAGAUCCCCGAAAAACAAUCCUCAUAGAUAACGACGUGCGAAAUCUAGUCACCGCGUACUCAUUGGGGAUGCGUACCAUUCCCUACAAACCCCUACCCGCGCUUUCCAGAACAAUGAAAAACACUCUCUACGAUCCAUUGAUCCGGGGAGAUACCUUCCUGAAUCUCAACGCGAAACACCGACAUCCCGCAACCAAUUGCGGUACUACCCUCGUGGAAAAUUAUAUACAAUUGCUCAUUCUGGAUGUUACUGCUGAUGAGCAUGCUCUGGACUUCCCCGCAUUAGCUGAAUCCAAGAAUCAAACGCAAAGCAUGCAGAGAAAAAUCCCAGAAAAGCCAAGCUUCACCAACAUGAAUCCGCCAAAUGAUCUCGAUACCACCUCUUUGACACUGCAAGUCAUGCCAACUAACAACGACACGAUUACCUCAAUCCUUGACAACAUGCUGGAAUAUCUAAAUCCCGACGGAAUCCCAUAUUAG